AUGGGGAGCGAUGCAUCACGAGUGGAGGAGAAGCAGGAUGAGGCCGGGAUAUUAUGGAGAAGCAGAACGGCCCUGCUGUGCCCCCCCGCUGGGGAUGUCUCUUCCCAGCCAGGUUUUAAUAGGAAGCCACCCCAUGUGUGCCUGUUUUGGGGUAGGGAUGACGCUGCUCCCCCUCACAGCUUGGGGUUGGGAUCUGUAGCAGCAACAGUUCCCCUAUUGCUAGACCCACAGCCAAGGCUGGGGCUGAGCUCUGCAUGGUGGCUCUGGCUGAGCCCUGCUCUUUGUCUCCCCACUGCAGUGGCACCGACGCGGUUCACGGAGGAGCCUGAGGACCAGACGGUGGUGGCCGGGCAGCGCAUCGUCCUGUCCUGCGUCGUGCUGAAUUACUCCGGCAUCGUGCAAUGGACCAAAGACGGCCUGGCCCUGGGCAUGGGGCAGGGCCUCAAAGCGUGGCCACGGUACCGGAUCAUCGGCACGGCCGACUCGGGACAGUACAACCUGGAGAUCACGGACGCGGAGCUCUCCGACGACGCGCUGUACGAGUGCCAGGCCACCGAGGCGGCUCUGCGCUCCCGCCAGGCCAAGCUGACAGUGCUGAUCCCCCCUGAAGACCCUGUGAUCGACGGAGCCCCCAAGAUCCUGCUGCGGGCAGGGACGCCCCACAACCUCACCUGCCGGGCACGCAGCGCCAAGCCGGCCGCCACCAUCAUCUGGCUGCGAGAUGGGCAGCAACAGGAGGGGGCUGUCACCACCACGGAGGUGCUACCGGACGGCAAGAGAGAAACCACCACCAGCUUGCUCCUCAUCAACCCCACUGACGUGGACAUCGGGAGGGUCUUCUCCUGCCGCAGCGUGAACGAAGCCAUCCCGGCCGGCAAGGAAACAUCCAUCCAGCUCGACGUUCACCAUCCACCCACCGUCACCCUCUCCAUCCAACCCCAGACGGUGCGGGAAGAGGAGCGGGUCGUCUUCACUUGCAUGGCCACCGCCAACCCUGAGAUCAAGGGCUACAGGUGGGCCAAGGGUGGGCUGCUGAUCGAGGACGCCACGGACAGCCGGUACGAGACACAGGUGGACUACACCUUCUUCACAGAGCCCGUCUCGUGUGAGGUGCACAACAACGUGGGCAGCACCAAUGUCAGCACCUUGGUGGACGUGCACUUUGCCCCCCGCAUCGUGGUGGAGCCCAAGCCCACAACCACCGACCUGGGCUCGGACGUGACGCUGACCUGUGUGUGGGCUGGCAACCCCCCGCUUACCCUCACCUGGACCAAGAAGGGCUCCAACAUGGUGCUGAGCAACAGCAACCAGCUGUACCUGAAGGCAGUGACGCAGGAUGAGGCGGGGCAGUACGUCUGCAAGGCCAUCGUGCCCCGCAUCGGCGUGGGCGAGCGUGAGGUCACCCUCUACGUCAACGGACCCCCCAUCAUCUCCAGCGAGGCUGUGCAGUACGCGGUGCGUGGCGACCGCGGCAAGGUGGAGUGCUUCAUCGGCAGCACACCACCCCCCGACCGCAUCGCCUGGGCAUGGAAGGAGAACAUCCUGGAGACGGGCACACUGGAGCGGUACACAGUGGAGCGCAGCGCCACAGGCACCGGGGUCCUGUCCACACUCACCAUCAACAACGUGAUGGAGGCCGACUUCCAGACCAGCUACAACUGCACUGCCUGGAACGGCUUCGGACCCGGCACCGCCAUCAUCCGCCUCGAGGAGCGGGAAGUGCUGCCUGUGGGAAUCAUCGCCGGAGCCACCAUCGGGGCCGGCAUCCUCGUCAUCAUCUUCCUCGUCGCCCUCGUCUGCUUCCUCUACCGGCGCCGCAAAGGGAGCCGCAAGGACGUGACGCUGCGCAAGCUGGACAUCAAGGUGGAGACAGUGAAUCGGGAGCCGCUAACCCUGCACCCGGACCGCGAGGAGGACACGGCCAGCGUGUCCACCGCCACCCGCGUCAUGAAGGCCAUCUACUCGUCAUUCAAGGACGACGUGGACCUGAAGCAGGACCUGCGCUGCGACACCAUUGACACGCGGGAGGAGUACGAGCUUAAGGACCCAACCAAUGGCUACUACAAUGUGCGCGCCCACGAGGACCGGCCGGCCUCGCGCUCGGUGCUGUACGCUGACUACCGUGCGCCAGGGCCCGCCCGCUACGACACCCGUCCGGCCUCACGGCUCUCGCACUCCAGCGGCUAUGCCCAGCUGAACACCUACGCACGGGGGCCAAGCUCUGAGUACAGCGCCGAGCCCGCUCCGGGGCCUGCGCCUGGCCCCGCCACCGGUGACACGGCCAGCCAGCUGUCCUACGAGAACUACGGCGGGCAUGCCGCCUUCCCGCCCAGUGCUGGCUAUGCCACCUACCGCCUAGGCUACAGCCAGCCGCCCCCACCCAGCCUGGACCGCGCCGCCUACGACGCCAUGGGCAAGUACGCCAGCGCCACCCGCUUCUCCUACACUUCCCAGCACUCGGACUAUGGGCAGCGCUUCCAGCAGCGCAUGCAGACUCACGUCUGAGGACGGGGCGCCCGGCUCCGGGGGGGCCGCGGAACCUCGCCACUGGCCCCUGAUAUUCAGGGGCUUCUUUCUGACCCCCCCCACCGCCGCCCGCCUCCAGGGAACCCAGGCGUCCGGCGGCCCCAUGGACACGCCCCGUACUUGAGCUUCCAUCCCUCCGCCCGCCGGGGCUUCCUCCCGGCCGCGGUCCAGCCUCUGCAGAAUUGGGUUUGGAGGGAAAUACUUUGGGGGUCCUGACUGUGCCCAUUUUGGCAUGAAGCACCAUGGCUCCUCUCCCAUCAGGACCCCCCCCAGCACACACAUUCUCCCCCCACCACACACACACACACAUACACACACGCACCCACGAGGGAGAGGAGCCAUUUCCCUACUACGCGCCGGAGCCUGGAGAGGCAGAAGGGCUGGGGGGACCCAAAUACCUAAUGAGGGGUUAACAGUCCCACCAAUGAGGGGUUAACAGUGAGGCAGGGGUGAGGGGCACUGGAGUCUCCCCCAGCCCCAGAGCCACCAGGGGUGCACACAGUGAGUCCCGGGGAUGCUGGAAGCAACGGGGGGGGAGGGUGUUGAACAUGCCAGAGGCCUGUAGUGGCACAUCUGGGUGCCCCCCGUGCCAUCACCAUCAGGCCCACAGGCAGCCACAGGAACCACCUGUAGGGGACCAGACUAGGGCCCCAAGCAGCUCAGACCCCGCCCACCAGCAACAGUGUUGGAGGGGAGCAGGGCCCCCUCCCUGUGACCCUAACCCAUAGCCAGACUGCCCCUCUGGCACUGGCCCUACACCGAGCGCUUCCAUUGCUGAGCAGAGCCAUCCCCACCCCCGCAUCCCAGGGGCCCAAAUCCCUGCCCGCCCCCAACACUGGCCCCUUGAGAAGAAAAGGGAGACACCAAGGACCAUCCCCCCCCGCCGAGCACUUUGGAUCCGUCCGCCGGGUUGAUUUGGGGCUCAUAUAUCUCUAUUUUAUAUAUUUUUCUGUUUUGUUUUCCUCGAGAAAGGACCAAGGGGAAGCCCCUGCCCCCCCAGGACACAGCGGGGGGAAGUCCCCCUCCCCGCUCCAGGUCCGGCUUGGAGGCUGUUGUGGGGGAGAAGCCCCUGCAGCCCUGUAUGCACACCCUUGCCCCCGACCCUCCCUGCCCCACAGCCGAAGGGACCUUCAGGCCCCACGUCCUUGCCCAGCUCAUGACAUCGGGCCUCCAGCCCCAGCACCCGGAGUCCUGCUAUUUCCAAAGAGUCUCCCAAGCCCUUGGGGGUGGGAAGAAAAGCUUGAAUCUGUGCCCCUCGCCAAAAAAAACUCACAUUCCUGGCUUUCGGGAGGCCACGAAUCCCCCCGGGGCUGUGCUAUAAGAGCUGGACUUGAGGGCCCUGUCCAUGCCGGGUGGGUCUGGGGAGGGGCCUGGCCUCACCAGCGAGGAUAAUAACCCAUGCCCACCAAGUGAUACUGUCUCACCCGAGGGCACGGGCUGUCCGCGUGGGACGAGGGUGGGGGGAGGUUUCUUUAUAUGAAUGUAUAUAAAUAUAUAUUUUAUAUAAAUAUCUUGCCGAUGCAAA